AUGGCAGACAAUGAGGAUGGAGGAGACAAGACUUCUCGUGGGAAUGAAUGGGAGGUUGUAUCUCUCACAGCAUCGACAUAUGCAGCUGCUCCUGGUCCAGAUGAAGUUGAGAUGAAGGAUGAUGGUAGAGAAGGUUUAUUUGCACAGGAUGAAGCAGAAACGUCACGUGCUUUGUUCAUGUCUAGUCACUUUGUCUUUCCACCCAGUCAGCAUGAAAACUUGCCUGUGGAACCUGAAUAUAGUGAGAUUCAUGAUGAUUUUGGAGACAAAGAUGUUACCUCUGAAGAGACUGCUGAAGAAGUGACCAGACCAAGUGGGAAAACUGAAGAAAACUUGACAUUGCCAGGAUUGGAAGUUUCAGAAGAGUUUGAGGGAAUGCGCUAUUUUGAUGAGAAAAUCAACAGAUUAUCAGUUCGUGGUAAACAAUUUGAGGAAGGUACAACUCUACCAGAUUUUGGUUUGAUUGAAAAGGAGGAGAGUAUGUAUGCUGCAAAAUACACUUCUUUCCAAGGUGAAACAGCUAUUGGUGGUGUAACAGCAUAUGGUGAAAGCAUAGUUGAGCCUGAAACAAUUGAAUCGGCUGAAGGGUCCAAUGUAUCUCCUGAUUUAUCACUGUCAAAGAACUCUUCCGAAGAUAAUGAAUACAACACUUCAGAUCUUCCUUGUGGAGCUUGGUGGAAACGAAGAGCUGCCUCCUUAUAUGCUCAUGCAAAAGAGGCAAAUGCAUUCUGGUCUGUUUUCAUUGCUGCUACUGUGAUGGGUCUAGUAAUGCUUGGCCAACGCUGGCAGCAGGAAAGAGCUUUACAACUUAAAUGGCAAAUCAAUAUAAAUGAUGAGGUGAGGAGCAGGGUGCUUACUCCAAUAUUUCGACUCAAAGAUGUGAUUGUUGGUGGACACCGUCGUGGCUCCAUGGUCAGGGGAAGCACCCCUAGUGAAAGUUAUAGAACUUGA